GGACUGUCAAUUGUUUUUUUUCUUCUAAUCAAAAUGAAGUUGACAUAAUUUCACAUAAUUUCAAGUUCAAUAUUUUCACUUUUAAUAGAUAAAAAUUUUCCUGUAAAAUAUGUAAAUUAAUUUGAAAUUUAUAACAAUGCCUCCCAGGGCGGCUAAUGCCGCGAAUAAAGCCGGUGAUAUGAAAAAACCUGCUAAGACAACGGAUGUAUCAUUUUGCGGUGUAUCCACUCCAGGACCAAAAUACAAAUUGAAAACGCUCGUUGGUCACAAAGACCAUUGCGUCUCGAAGUAUAGAAAUCCGGCAUUUACAUUUGGUCUGAGAGAAAUCUCUGAAGAUCUGUGUAGAAGUCCUGGACCAAAGUAUAUGCUUCCAGGAUUGAAACCAAAUGGCUUUAAGUUUGGAUUUCCUUUAAAAAUCACUGAUAAAACUGUUAGUCCUGGUCCGAAAUAUUCUUUACCAUCUCCUAGAAGCGGUCCUAUGUUUUCUCUAAAGUGGCGCACAGAUUACAAAAAAAGUUGUGUAACACCUGGACCUUAUAAUGUCAAGCACAUCUUUCAUGGACCUAGUUUUAGCAUAGGAUUAAAAAUUCCUGAUGUUAAAUGUGUCGGUGGACCUGGACCUUCUGCGCCAUAUAAUUUGGAUAUAAUUAAACCAGUAUCACCAAUGUUCAGUAUAGGUCUUUUACAAUCCUACAAAGACAUUUGUCGGAGUCCAGGACCUAAAUAUAAUCCUACAAAAUUAGAUCUCUCACCGCAAUAUUCUUUUGGAGUAAAACAUAGUGUCUGUUCACCACCGAACAUUACUGAAUGUGACGAUCGUUGUUAGAACAUCGAUUUAUCUGUUAAAUUCCUUUAUCCAUCUAAAGGCAGAAACGUUAGAUUAAUUUCUUUAGAGAUUUUUCCGCUUAUUUCUUUCCAAUACAAGACCACCGUUUGUGAUUCUUUAGGUUCAACAUUAAUCGUUGUAAUAGGAACAUUAUUUCCUGAAUUAGUUGACUCCACUGAUGAUGGUUCAAAUAAAAAAUUGAUGCAACGCAUAAUACAAAAGUAAACCAUUUCGAUUAAACUGAUUAUACUAA